AUGUCGUUGUCGGCGCCGCCGCUGAAGGUGCUGAGCUCGCAGCUCCGUGAGGCGGUGAGGCGCGGCGGGCACUGGGAGCUGUGGGAUUCGGUGUCUCUGCGUUCUGUAUGGGUACAGGGCUCGGUGUUGGAAGUUCAGCUCGACGGAGCCCGAGGUGGUUCUGCUCGGUUGUACGAUGGUAGCGGAGCCUUCACCGUUUUGGGAGUGCAGCUUGUCCCGCAGGGCCGGGCUUGCCUCAGCGUAGGGAAGUACGUCAUGGUGAUGGGUGUGGUGCUGUCCUGCAGUCCUGAGCCUGUUCUUCGAGCAGUAAAGAUGACAGAUCUCUCUGAUAACCCCAUCCAUCAGAGCAUGUGGAGCCUUGAAGUGGAGGAUUUGCACAGAGUCAUCUCCUAG